AUGUCGCCAGGAAUGUCGCUGUAUAGCGUCAACGCUAUCUUAAUCCUCUCGAGCGAGGACGGGUCGCGGAUAUUCACAAAGUACUACACCCCGCCACACCAGGCGGCAGCCCCAGGCGGAGCUGCCCCUGCCAGCACCUCCCAGAACCCGUACCCCGACAAGACCUCCCAGACCCGUUUCGAGAAGGCGCUGCUCCAAAAGACGGCCAAGCAGACGGGCGACAUCCUGCUCUUUGACAACAGGAUCGUGCUGUACAAGAUGGAGUCGGACGUGGCGCUGUACGUGGUCGGCAGCCUCGAGGAUAACGAGAUUAUGCUGUACAACGUGCUGUUGGCCCUGCGCGACAGCUUGCACUUGCUGUUCAAGCAGUCGGUUGACAAGCGGACCAUCAUCGAGAACUACGACCUGGUGUCCCUGGCCGUCGACGAAAUCUGCGACGACGGUGUCGUGCUCGAGACGGACCCGACCAUUAUUGUGCAGCGGUGCAGCAAGGCGCCGUCACAGGACGUCAACCUCAGCCGGAUCGAUCCGUUCAGCGAGCAGGGCGUCAACAACCUGGCGCAACUAGGCAAGGCGAAGCUGACGGACUGGUUGAGACAGGGGUUGUAGGCAAUGGGAGAGUUUAUGGUUUGAGGUUAGAUCCUGGUUUGGUUGUGAAAAGGUUGGUAGUUUCACGCAUCAUCUGGUAGCGG